AUGACCAAGUUGCAAGGACUAGAAGCAUUAAGGCACAUCAAAGCAGUUGUAUUCGAUAUGGAUGGUACGUUGUGUCUGCCUCAACCAUGGAUGUUCCCUGCGAUGAGAAACGCCAUAGGGUUGCACGACAAAUCGAUCGAUAUUCUUCACUUCAUUGAAACGCUGCCCACAGAGAAGGAAAGGAAAGAAGCGUGUAAUCAAAUAGAAGUAGUUGAAGCCAAAGCCAUGAACCAGAUGCAACCACAACCCUCCCUGAUUGAUUUGAUGAAGUAUCUGACAACCAAUGGUAUUAGUAAGAAUAUAUGUACUAGAAACGUCGGUGCUCCAGUGGAGACUUUCGUUGCAAGGUUCAUCCCACAGGAGUUUUCCAAGUUCGACCAUAUUAUAACAAGAGAUUUCAAGCCCACGAAACCUCAGCCCGAUCCAUUACAGCAUAUUGCCUCCAAGCUGAACCUAAGUCCCUCUGAAAUGAUCAUGGUGGGCGAUUCGUACGAUGACAUGAAAUCUGGUAGAUCUGCUGGUUGCCUGACAGUAUUGCUCAAAAAUCAUGUGAAUGGCCAUCUAGUGCUCGAGAACAAAGAUUUAGUAGAUGUCUCUAUAGAAGAUCUUUCAGAAAUCAUAAAACUGAUUCAAAACCUGAAUAAGAGUAGUCUCUAG